AUGACGGCUUCAAAGCAACCUGUGCCUGCGGCGGCGGCCGGUGUUCUGGACCUACUUGUGUGCAUUGGUGGUAUCUACACGUGCUACCUCUCGUACGGCAUCUUCCAAGAGAAAAUCUUCAAGUACCGCGACGCCGAGGGCAACAAGUUCACGGCGACGUUGUUUUUGCUGUUGAUCCAAUGCAUCUUCAACUCCCUAGUUGCGUUCAUUGCAACAUGCAUUUGGGUCCCCAAGAACAAAAGCGUUCCGCUGAGCCCGUUUGCAUUCUCAGCGUUCUCGUACUUGGGUGCAAUGUUGUGCAGUAACGAAGCGCUCAAAUACGUCAACUACCCCACCCAAGCCUUGGGCAAGUCGUGCAAGAUGAUUCCUGUCAUGUUGACGGGUGUCCUCCUCGGGCGUAAAAAGUACUCGUGGAAGGAAUACGUGUCCGUGAUCUUGAUCACUGCUGGUAUUGUGAUCUUUCAACUCGGCAAGGACUCGUCCAAGGGAGGCAAGCAGCAGACGGAGAACAGCGUAUAUGGACUUGGACUGCUGUUCACAAGCCUCUUCUUGGACGGCCUUACGGGAUCUGGUCAAGAGCAAAUGGUCGAAUUGCACAAGCCGUCGGUGCACCAACAAAUGCUCAACACGAACAUCUGGGCUGUCAUUUACACUGGCAUUGGGUGCUUGGUCACGGGUCAUGGCUUGACCGGAUUCAACUUUUGCUUGAACAACCCAGAGAUUUAUCAAUCGCUGCUGUUCUUCUCCAUGUGCAGUGCGCUUGGCCAAAACUUCAUCUACUUCACCCUGCAACGGUUCUCGGCCCUGACAUGCACGACAAUCACGACUACGCGCAAAUUCUUCACCAUCCUCGCGUCCGUCCUGUAUUUUGGCAACAAGCUCGCAGACCAGCAAUGGGUCGGUGUCGGCGUCGUCUUCACCGGCAUUGGGAUUGAGCUCACCACCAAGUAUUCCAAGUACGGCGCGAAAAAGGCCGACGUGAAGAAGACGGCAUAGCUAGAAGAAUCUGGUGAAUUUGUAAAAUGUAUAAAGAGUAUCACGAAAGGUGAUUGGGCGA